AUGGGCAAAGUCGAGGUAUAUGCGCAAAUCGACAUCGCUGCGCCUCCAGAUGCAGUCCGAAAAGUGUUCUUGGAUUUUGCUCGGUAUAAUGAAUGGCAGAAAGGCUGGGACAUCACGCUUAUGGACUCCGCCAAGACGCAGUCAGACUUGGAGGUUGGAGACCGACUUAGAGUUGCUAUGCAUGGGAUGGUCUUUCGCCCGUACGUUGAGGAGAAUUCCCCCGAACGUUUCACUUGGACCGGAUCGAUACCCAUUCUCCUCUCAGGUCAACACUCGUUUCUCUUCACUCCCAGCAAAGAAAUUGCGGGAGGUACAACUUUCAUUCAGACCGAAAAUUUCGGUGGCGCUCUGGCUGUUAUGUACUCUCCCUUCGCCAAAAAGGAACCGGCACCGUCCCCGAAUUGGGAAGCCUUCAAUGCGGCCCUGAAGCAAGAGGCCGAAAAGCGUUAUCCUCUUGUUUAA